UAACGUGCCUGUCCUCUCAACCUCAGGCCUACCUGCAACAAGCCCAAGACCUGGUCAUUCUUGAGAGCAUAAUACUCCAGACCUUGGCGUUUGAAAUCACCAUCGACCAUCCACAUACUCAUGUCGUCAAGUGCACGCAGCUCGUCAGAGCGAGUAAGGAUCUGGCUCAAACGUCAUACUUCAUGGCCACUAACAGUCUGCACUUGACCACAUUCUGCCUGCAGUAUAGUCCGCCGGUUGUGGCCUGCGUGUGCAUCCAUCUCGCCUGCAAAUGGUCCAACUGGGAGAUUCCCGUGUCCACAGACGGCAAACACUGGUGGGAGUAUGUUGAUCCCACCGUGACC